AUGCUAGUGAAGGAGCAAGCUCGGAAGUCAACAUUAGUUACUGCCCCCAAAGAACCUAUUGACGAUAUCACCCCUGCUCUUGAAGCACUCGAUUCACCCAGAAACCCUGAGUUUGGUUUCGCUGGUAUUCACCCCAACGAAGUUUUCCCCAUUGGUAUUCAGAAACCGGAUAGCUACGAUGUCCCGGCGGAUAUCCUGAAGGAAUCAGCCAAUUUUUAG